UUGAUUAAUAAUGUAGUUAAGCUCUCUCCAUCGCUGCGGAAUCUCUUUAAACCUACUGCAUUGUCUGCUUCCUCUCUUCCCUCUUUGUUUAUGAAGCUUACUUCAUUCUCCACUUUACUCGCACUCCAAUCAUCCUAGCUAGCUGGGGACGAAGAAAUGGAGAAGCAGAGGAGUUUCUCCAUCAAGCCCACUCGAUUCUUGGUUUUUACAUUCACAAUCUGUUUAUCCGCCGUCUUUCUAAUCUUCUUCUCCGUCUGGCUCGUCAAAAUCUCUCCUUCCCCUCAAGAAAACCAUCUUGAGCUCGACAGCAACAAGGAUCCAAGUGUUCAAGUUCAAGAAAAUGGUUCCCCAGUUGCGGAGGAAUAUGAGAGUGAAUUCGCAGUUGAAGAAGAUGCAGGUGAGAGUAAAUUCGCGGCUGGUGAGGCAAAUGCGACGGAUGUAUUGAAUGGUAACUUUACCAUUACUACUGUCGCGUAUUUUUCUUCAAUCGUUGUAAAUGAUACACUUCUGGGUGAUACCCACUUGGCAAAAUCUGAUUUAGCUGUAAAUCAAUCUGAAAAUGUUGAAGACUGUGGAAGUAAUGGUUCUGACUGUAAUAGUAAGCAACAACAUGUCUCAGAUAUUACUUUUUCCAAGAAAAUAAGAGGCCCAAGAAGUAGUGUGAUUGAGAAGAAGAGUGGAAGAUCUGUUUGUGAUGUCACAAUAGGGAAAUGGAUUAUUGAUGAGAGCUAUCCUUUGUACACCAAUAUUUCUUGCCCUUUUAUAGAUGAAGGGUUUAGUUGCCAAGCUAAUGGAAGACAGGAUAAAGACUACAUGAAAUGGAGGUGGAAACCUCAAGAUUGUGACAUUCCAAGGUUUAAUGCUACUCACAUGUUGGAAUUGAUAAGAGGGAAGAGGUUAGUAUUUGUUGGGGAUUCCAUUAACAGGAACCAGUGGGAGUCCAUGUUGUGCUUGUUGAUGGGAGCCGUUAAAGACCCCAAAAAAGUGUAUGAGACCCAUGGUCGAAGAAUAACCAAAGGGAAGGGAAAUUAUAGUUUCAAGUUUGUGGACUACAAAUGCACAGUUGAAUUCUACGUUACACAUUUUUUGGUUCGUGAAGGUAAGGCAAGGAUAGGUAAGAGACGAAGUCAGACUUUGCGUAUUGAUGCCAUUGACAGAGGGUCAUCCAGAUGGACUAGUGCUGAUAUUCUGGUCUUCAACACUGCACAUUGGUGGUCACAUCACAAAACAAGAGCAGGGAUCAAUUAUUACCAGGAAGGGGAUCAAGUUCACGCCCGCCUUGAUGUUUCAACAGCUUUCCAAAGAGCUCUAAUGACUUGGGCAUCCUGGGUUGACACACACAUCCAUCCUAGGAAGACACAAGUUUUCUUCAGAACUUCUUCACCCGCUCAUUUCAGCGGUGGGCAAUGGAACACUGGUGGCCAUUGCAGAGAAGCUUCUCGCCCUCUCAAGGAGAGGUAUAGCACAGCUUAUCCCAAGAAGAAUAUGAUCGUGGAACAGGUUACAAGGCAGAUGAAAACUCCAGUAACCAUUCUAAACAUAACUGGUUUGUCAGAUUAUAGGAUAGACGGCCAUCCAUCUACAUAUGGAAGAAAAUCUGGUAGCAAGUCUGGUGUCCAAGAUUGCAGCCAUUGGUGUCUUCCUGGGGUUCCUGAUACUUGGAACGAGAUAUUGUAUUACCACUUGCAACUUACUCAACAGCACAGAAUCAAAUUGGCUGAGUGAUUAUCAUCUCAGUUUGAUAGAUUUGUUAUUCUUUUAUUUCUUUCUUCCCUAUAUGUUUCUGCAUGGGGCAGACUUUUGUACAGUGUUCAACUAGAAUUGCUUGUUUUACUCAAAACAAAAAUUUACUGUAUGUACAGUCUAGAAUUUGGUGGACAGGAAUGGGGUAGUGAUGAGCUUUAUUGGUUAAGGUUGUAGCAUAAAGUGGGCGGAAAAUUUCAAGAAAUGUUUCCAAAAGAGAUUACAUUAUUCCCAA